ACAUGGCGGCAAAUGUAGACGUUUUGAACAAGGCAUGGGGUGUUAUAUCUGCAGUCCUGACGCCAACAAACGAAAAUGCACUUGUAGAAUCACCUCGCCCAGGUCCUGAGUCAGACUUCCAGAAUGCCCUUGAAGUCAUGAAGCAAGAGGGUGUGGACCACAUCAUAGAAGAAUGGUUCCUGGAAACAUUACAGCAGGAUCUCCGACACAGAGUGGGGCCAGAGUUCUGGAGACACUUUAUACCUGCAGAAACAGAUGGCUGCAAGCCAUGUGGCCAGCUGUACAAAGCUGUGACAUAUCUCCAUGGCAUCACAUCCUCAUACUCGGCAAGUCUACAAAGGCUGGAGGUGAUGCGGAGGGACAAGAUGGAGGCUGAUGGACAAUCUACACAGGGAAUAUCAGCCCUAGUGGUCACCUUCUACAAAGCUGUCAUCUUCUUUACUGUUCCCAAAACGUUUUUGACAGUUGUAGAGAAGUUUUAUUCUGAGGCAUUUAAAGUUUUUCAUCACACAAGUGCAGAUGAUGAAGAAGGGGAAGAUGAAGAUCUUGGGUCAUGUAAUGGAUGCGCUGAAGAGUCGGACAGCUGUCGAUGUCAGGACAUCAUGGAGAAAUUUCAUGCAGUUAACAGUAAACUUGACGACAUGGGUAUCCUGGAGCGGAUAUCUGGGGCAGCUGUGACCACCACUGUGCAUGAACAGAUCAAGCACCACAUUGAGGACACGUGUAAGGGCAACUACGAGACAUCAUACUUGGACACGCUGCAGAAGUGGCUUGACAGUAAAGUGCUUGGAUGGCUCAACAUCAUCUACGCAGGCAAUCGGACAAGCUCCGGACCAGAAUGUAUAUCAGCAUUCAAGGGGAGACUACUUCACUUCCUGUACGAGACAUAUGCCAAGGCAUUGAUAGACCAACUGUUUAAUAUCAUCAUUGAGUUUCCCGAGUCCGAGCCAGCAAUCAUGGACCUGAAAGUGUGCCUGGACAAGACAGACUUCCGCUCCCACCUGGUGUCUUCCUUGAGAGGGGCACUGGAGAAUAGGCUGCUACACCCAGGAGUGAACACUGCCGAUAUUCUGACUGCGUACAUCGCUGCCAUUAGAUCUCUGAGAGUCCUUGACCCUGCAGGGGUCAUCCUGGAACUGGUGUGUGAACCUGUACGCAAGUAUCUUAGAUCUCGGGAUGACACGGUGCGAUGCAUUGUGAGCAGCUUGACGGACGAGGGGAGUAACGAGCUGCUGGACGAGCUGGUCAAGUCACAGCCUCUGCUGCUUGACGAGGGAGUGCAGAGUGACGACGAGAGUGACGACUGGCAGAACUGGAUGCCUGACCCGGUGGAUGCUGAUCCAUCUACAACGUCUAAGAGCCGGAGAGCGUCGGACAUCAUCAGUAUGUUGGUGAACAUCUAUGGCAGCAAGGAGCUGUUCGUGAACGAGUACCGCACCCUGCUGGCUGACCGCAUCCUCACCCAGUUCACGUACGACAUCGAGCGUGAGCUGCGCUACCUGGAGCUGCUGAAACUGCGGUUCGGGGAGUCGCAGCUGCACUACUGCGAGGUGAUGCUGAAGGAUGUGGCUGACUCCAAGAGGAUCAACACCAGGAUUACUGAGGAGAAGGCCCAGAUGGGGGUUAAGGAGGAUAUUGAGAUGAAUGCCAUGAUCUUGUCGGCCCAGUUCUGGCCGGCCUUCAGAGAAGAGAAGAUAACUCUGCCAGAAGAAAUGCAGAAAGCUCUGGAAAAUUACACCAAACGUUUUGAAGCACUGAAAGGAAACAGAACACUCAGCUAUAAGCCCCACUUAGGUCUGGUGAACAUUGAGAUUGAGCUGAAGGAACAGGUGCUGCCAUUCUCUGUCUCCCCAGUACAUGCUGCCAUCAUCAUGCAGUUCCAGAGUCAAGGUAAAUGGACAGUGGAUGAGUUGAGCAGCGUGCUGCAGAUGCCAGCGUCGGCACUGCGCCGAAAGAUCACGUACUGGCAGAGUCAGGGGCUGCUGAAGGAGGAGGUGCCGGACACCUUCGUCCUGGUGGAGGAGCACAAGGUUGGCACACACGACAUGAUGGGGGCGGAUGAUGACGAGGCCGAGUCAGCCAUGGCGUCGGCCCAGGAGCAGCGGGAGGAGGAACUACAGGUGUUCUGGACGUAUAUCGUGGGGAUGUUGACGAACUUGGAGUGUCUGCCGCUAGAGAGGAUCCACAGCAUGUUGAGGAUGUUCGCCAUGCAAGGUCCCACCACAGGAGAGUGUAACGUGCAGGAGCUCAAGGUCUUCCUCGACAGGAAGGUCAAGGAACAGAAAUUACUGUACAGUGGCGGCGUUUACAGGCUUCCCAAAACAUCCUGACUUUAUUGACAAGUAUGUCACUACACAGUGAUGGGGCGGCACAGCAUCCUGACAUUAUUGACAAGUAUGCCACUACACAGUGAUGGGGCUACACACCAUCCUGACAUUAUUGACAAGUAUGCCACUACACAGUGAUGGGGCUACACACCAUCCUGACAUUAUUGACAAGUAUGUCACUACACAGUGAUGGGGCUACACACCAUCCUGACAUUAUUGACAAGUAUGUCACUACACAGUGAUGGGGCUACACACCAUCCUGACAUUAUUGACAAGUAUGUCACUACACAGUGAUGGGGCUACACACCAUCCUGACAUUAUUGACAAGUAUAUCACUACACAGUGAUGGGGCUACACACCAUCCUGACAUUAUUGACAAGUAUGUCACUACACAGUGAUGGGGCUACACACCAUCCUGACAUUAUUGACAAGAAUGCCACUACACAGUGAUGGGGCUACACACCAUCCUGACAUUAUUGACAAGUAUGUCACUACACAGUGAUGGGGCUACACACCAUCCUGACAUUAUUGACAAGUAUGUCACUGCACAGUGAUGGGGCUACACACCAUCCUGACAUUAUUGACAAGUAUGCCACUACACAGUGAUGGGGCUACACACCGUCCUGACAUUAUUGACAAGUAUGUCACUGCACAGUGAUGGGGCUACACACCAUCCUGACAUUAUUGACAAGUAUGUCACUACACAGUGAUGGGGCUACACACGAUCCUGACAUUAUUGACAAGUAUGUCACUGCACAGUGAUGGGGCUACACACCAUCCUGACAUUAUUGACAAGUAUGCCACUACACAGUGAUGGGGCUACACACCAUCCUGACAUUAUUGACAAGUAUGUCACUGCACAGUGAUGGGGCUACACACCAUCCUGACAUUAUUGACAAGUAUGUCACUGCACAGUGAUAGGGCUACACACCAUCCUGACAUUAUUGACAAGUAUGCCACUACACAGUGAUGGGGCUACACACCAUCCUGACAUUAUUGACAAGUAUGUCACUGCACAGUGAUGGGGCUACACACCAUCCUGACAUUAUUGACAAGUAUGUCACUGCACAGUGAUGGGGCUACACACCAUCCUGACAUUAUUGACAAGUAUGCCACUACACAGUGAUGGGGCUACACACCAUCCUGACAUUAUUGACAAGUAUGCCACUACACAGUGAUGGGGCUACACACCAUCCUGACAUUAUUGACAAGUAUGCCACUACACAGUGAUGGGGCUACACACCAUCCUGACAUUAUUGACAAGUAUGUCACUACACAGUGAUGGGGCUACACACCAUCCUGACAUUAUUGACAAGUAUGCCACUACACAGUGAUGGGGCUACACACCAUCCUGACAUUAUUGACAAGUAUGCCACUACACAGUGAUGGGGCUACACACCAUCCUGACAUUAUUGACAAGUAUGUCACUACACAGUGAUGGGGCGGCACACCAUCCUGACAUUAUUGACAAGUAUGCCACUACACAGUGAUGGGUCUACACACCAUCCUGACAUUAUUGACAAGUAUGUCACUGCACAGUGAUGGGGCUACACACUAUCCUGACAUUAUUGACAAGUAUGUCACUGCACAGUGAUAGGGCUACAAAGUACAAAGGUUCUCAGAUCUACUUGUUAUGAAACCACCUGUGAAGAUCCGGGAUAGAACUGGUCUUCAGCAACCCAUGCUUGUUGUAAGAGGUGACUAACGGGAUCAUGUGAUCAGAUUUGCUGACUUGGUUGAUGCAUGUCAUGCUUCCAAUUGCGUAG